GGAUACUCGGUCUUCAUGUUCAUGCUAGCUACGUGGAUAAUGCUUCGGGGCAGAACAAGGCGGCAUGUCAAUCACUGCAUGGUUGCUGCCGGAUGCGGAUUGAUACUUUUGGCGACUGCAGAGAUGGCCAUCAAUAUUGCUCGGGUGUACCAGGGCUUCAUUUCAAACGGUCCUUUCAUAGAUGGAGGACCCGAAGCAUAUUUCACCCAAGUUUUGGAACCAACAUUCGUUGUCAAGAGUUGCCUGUACAAUGCUCAAACACUCAUUUUGGACGCCGUAGUGAUAUACCGUACCUACGUUGUUUGGCAAAAUAUUCUGAUAUGUGUAGUCCCAAUGAUAGCGUGGUGUGGACUGUUAGCUGGCGCAAUCGGCUUGAAUAUUGCUCUAGCCACGGCCCACAAAGGAGGCGUGUUUGCAGUUCAAACCAGUGAAUGGAUCACGUCAUUCUAUGCACUAACUCUAGCCACCAAUCUAUCAGCAACAACCCUUCUUGCGUUCAGAAUCUGGACGGUCACUCGCCGAUCCGCUCAGUACCGCUCUAGCAACUUCCUCGCCCCAGUGCUGCGGGUUAUCAUCGAGAGCGGAGCAAUAUACUCGAUGACGAUUACUGCAGUGCUCAUCUCCUUCGUAGUCAAGUCCAAUGGUGUGUAUGUCCUGCUCGACAUGAUCUGCCCCAUCAUCUCCAUAGUGUUCAACAUGCUCAUUAUCCGUGUCGACCUCGCCCACAAAUCCAGCUCCAGCACGAGUGGUUCGAACAGCUUGGAGACCGCCGUGAUGUCAGACCGU